AUGGUGUCACCAAUAUUUCAACCCCAGUAUCAACAUCCGGUUGGGACGAAGCGGCUGCUGCUGCUGCUGCGGCGGCGGCGGCGUGUUAUUGCUUCAGUCCGCCGCCAGGGGUCGCCAGAAACAACAAUAAUCCCUCAAUCGAACAAAGCAAGAGAAAAAAACAGCACACACAAACAGCUCUCGUUGUGCACGACAUCUCUCUGCAUCAUGACCAGGCCCGCCUUCCUGAUUCUGCCAGUCCUUCUUGGAUUCUGCUAUACAUUCACAGUUAGUGCUGGUGUUAAUUUACAAGAAAAUGGAUCUCCAACACAUAAAUCAAAGAAGACAGAAAGAUUCGUGCCGGCACUCUGCACAGCAGUACCUGCCCCUUUGUCCUCAUCCCCAUCAGUUCAUGCUCUCACACCAGCUGAUAUUACAGCACUUCACACACUGGGGAUGCCUCUGUCCGAAAGGAAUGAAGCUUCCAGAGUUGUCAGUAGACUAAGAGAGUUGUUGACAAUGUUUAAUCCUGAGGUGGUCACUCAGCACAGGGAUCAAACCUACUUGCACCACAGGAGUUUAAUGCAGGAGGCUGAGGACCUGUCCUUCUCCCUUUCCAAUCAGGAGGUGACAGGGUGGCAGAUGGUGCUGUUGUUCGUCCCUGCAGAUUUAACAUGUGCCUGUUCACCAGAUGUUGUUGCCAAUGUUAAAACCACAGUGCAGGAAGUAGAUGCAGCUUUAAGGAUGCUGCAGAAGCAGUUGCGUCACACUUUAGUUCAUGUGGUUGUCUGGAGUGGACAUCAUCAGGAAGAUAAGUGUACAUGUGCAAGAGCAGGUAUAAACCCAGGUCUCCAUAAAGCAUUCCUACUGAAAGCACUGCAGGACUCUCUAAGUGAGCUUUUGAAAAAUCCAGCACGGUACAGCACAGGUGAAGACUUCACUGUUGUACUGCAGUCUUCUCCAGUUAUUCUUGAAUCCUACUCAGAUUCUGAAAUGACUGACUUCCAUCUUAAUGAAUUGACUCUUCAGCUAUGGAAAGAUCUGCUCCAGCCAUCAACAGACCAAACCAGAAUGAAUGAUCUUAUCACCAUUCCGUGUCCUACAGAGGAAAAGCCUUUCCUUCGAACACACAUAAACUCCCCCGUUGAAAGAGAGCAUGAGGAGGUUGUUAGUAAAGCCUCAGCACCAAUAGACCCUGUUAUGGGUACUGAAGUGCUUUGCACAGAUCGCAAUCCAUCUCCUACCACACCCUCAUCAGUUCACAAAGUCAGACCUGGGGAUAUCAAGGUGGUAGCAGCUCUGGGAGACUCUUUGACUGCAGCCAAUGGUGUUGGUGCAAAAGAAGACAACCUCUUGUUGGUGACUUAUCAAUAUCGAGGACUGUCAUGGAGCAUUGGCGGAGAUGAAAACAUAACUACUGUGACAACUUUACCAAACAUCCUGAAAGAGUUCAACCCUUCUGUGACUGGAUUCUCAACGGGCAUCGGGAACAAUGACAGUCCAGGAGCUUUUCUAAAUCAGGCUGUACCCGGAGCGCAGAGUGUUGACAUGGUACAGCAAGUGCGCACUCUAGUGGCCAAAAUGACAAAUGACUCGCGCAUCGAUUUCAACAACGACUGGAAAGUGAUCACCAUGUUCAUUGGUGGCAAUGACAUUUGUGCCUACUGCACAGACAGCGUCGUCUUUUCGGCUAGAAAUGUGGUCCUUCGAAUCCGUGAAGCCCUGGACAUACUACACAGAGAAGUGCCUCGUGCAAUUGUUAACAUGGUAGAGGUGUUCAACAUCAUACCACUGCGUGAAUUGCACAUGGAUAAAUCGUUGGGUUGUCCCACCUGGAUGGUCAACAUUAUUUGCCCCUGUGUACUGAAACCCAUCAACGGAUCAUAUGAACUGCAGAAGCUCAGUGACUUCAACAGAGCAUAUCAGCACGGUAUGAGAAAGCUGAUUGACUCUGGACGUUAUGACACACAUGACAGCUUCACUGUGGUACUGCAGCCCUUCUUUAGAGAGGUUCUCGUUCCCAGGUUAGAGGAUGGUCGGCCUGAUCGCUCUUAUUUCUCACCUGACUGUUUUCACCUCAGCCAGAAAGCUCACACCAUUAUGGCUCGGUCGCUUUGGAACAACAUGUUGGAACCAGUCGGCAACAAGACCUACACACAAGACUUCCUAGCUGAAAUCGAUCUGAAGUGUCCAUCAGAGAGCAACCCAUUCAUUCAUACAGCGGUCAAUAGCAACUAUACCUUUCCAGGCCUUCCACCAACUUCCCCUCCCAAUACUAACUGGGGCAGCGACUUUUCCUGCACUCAUACGGCUCCAUCAAACUCUGUGCCCACUUCAGCUCACAGAGUACGUCCAGCAGACAUUAAGGUGGUGGGGGCUCUUGGAGACUCUCUAACGGCUGCAUUUGGUGCAAGGGCAACAAACUUGGUGCAACUGGCCACAGAAUACAGGGGGGUGUCAUGGAGUAUCGGAGGGGAUGACACUCUUGAGACUGUCACAACAUUGCCUAAUGUCCUCAAGAAGUUCAAUCCUGGUAUCAAAGGGGCUUCAAAGGGGACUGGAAAAGAGCAGACUGGCUUCAACAUGGCUGUGUCUGGAGCUAAAAUAGAAGGGAUUCCAGAGCAGGUCAGACAUCUGAUUGAUGCCAUGAAAAAUGAUGCUACGGUGGAUUUUCAGAAUGACUGGAAACUUGUGACCCUCUUCAUUGGAGGCAACGACCUUUGUCAGUACUGCAACGAUAGAGCCAACCUUUUGCCUGCAAACUACACAAAUCACUUGAGGACAAGCUUGGAUAUCCUGUACAAUGAGGUUCCAAGAGCUAUCAUCAACAUCUUAGAGAUCCUGGAAAUUGAAGGCCUUCGUAGAAUCAAAAAGGAUAGUCUCGGAUGCACCUUGGUGCAAAAGCAAGUCUGCCCUUGCUUCUUGUUACCUGGAACGGAUUCACCAGAACUGGCUGAAAUGAAAUGGGUCAAUCGGGAAAUGCAGAUUGAGACUGAAAAUCUGGUGUCUGGAGGUCGUUAUGAUGGCAAAGAGGACUUUGCUGUGGUUGUCCAGCCUUUUUUCAGAAAUUCUAUUGUUCCAUUAAAUGCUGAUGGCCUGCCUGACGCCACCUACUUCUCCCAGGACUGUUUCCACUUCAGUGAGCGAGGACAUGCUGACAUGGCUGCUGCUCUGUGGAAUAACAUGCUGGAGCCAGUGGGUAAAAAACAGACCUACAACAAUUUUACCAAUGCCAGAAAUAUCCUCAAGUGCCCCACUGAGGAGCAGCCGUACAUCUUCACAAACGUGAACAGUUUCCCCAGUUUGACCACAACCACAGCACCCACAAUGGCCAGCACAGCACAGCCUUUCACUACAGAUUGUUCAGGCAAAGUCCAAGGAUGGCUUGCUGCUGUGCUGACUAUUGUUGGCCUUCUGAUUGGCUGCGCCCUGACCUGGCUCGUCCUCUCCUACAUACACAAGAGAAGCAAAAAGAAGACAGUUGAGAUGAACGACAUUGCUAAUGAUACUUGUAUUAACUCUUAUACUGAACCAUCCACCAGGCACUAAAAUGGAAAAAGUGAGGGGCAAAACAACACUUUCUAAAAGCUCAGUGCUUGCAGAAAUAAUUAAACAGUGUUUUAUAUUCAACACAGUAAUUUAAGUUGGUCUGUAUUGACUGUAAAACAAUUUAAUAUGUUUUACUUUAUUCACAGAAAUCUGUAAUUUAACUGAUUGAAUGACAGCGAUGUAUUUAAACUUUGUUUGGCUGAACAUAUCAAAAACAAUUGUUUAUGAGAAACGUUUGCACUUUUUAUUUUUGCAUGGACUGGCUAUGCAAAUUUAAAGGUUGUAGCUGGUCGAACAAAUUAAAUGGAACAGGUACAAUCAUAAACUACUGAAUAUAAGUACAUGCAAACAUGUGCAAGCCUGCAGACUAAUGUAACUAGUUGCACAUUACCUUAUAACUGCCUCAUAUCUGUAACCAGGGUUUUUGAAUAAUGUAACAUAAAGUAAUCAAUAUAAUACCCUUCUCAAACCUUGAUCAGAUAUGAGUAUAACAUUGUGUGGUUAUU